AUUCUCUUCACCCUACUUUCAAAAUCAGAUUACAACAAUUACAGAACAAUGCCCUUACUAAUACUUCAAUAUUAGCUCAAAAAGCAGUUUUUAUCCCUAUACAAUAUAUUACCUUUACAAGUCAAAUUAUUGAGACAGCCCACAACUUCAAUAUAGCUUUCCACAGCCCACCUUAG